AUGGUCAUCGGAUUGCUCAUAUUGACCUCGAUUCCUACUGUGACUGGCGUCGCCCAAGCCAUCUCCGCACAAAAGACCCGCGAUGAGCGCCAGAAAGAUGAAAGACGAAUGAAGAAAUUCCACAUCGAUGUACACUGCGAGGUCGAAAGCUCUCGCACAAGAGAGAUACGUGACAAGAGGCUGGUCUUGAGAGAUGAUCGGGUAUGGAUUGGGCCGACUGAAGCGUUGAAUCCAUGCCCAGAAGGCUAUGUGGCCGAGUGUUUCUACAUUGAGUAUCCGGACAACGAAAGAGUGCCGAUACCGAUUGGCCUUGUGAGCCAGGUUCGCGAUGAUCCUCCUUUGUUGAACUGGUUAUACGUGGACAAGGACACUAUGGAACUAAAGUAUGGAAACAAAAGCGCAAGCAUUGACCAUCAUGUCGGGCCUUGGGAUUGGACUGAGGAUGAACAAGGCAUCACGUUUGAUGAGACAGAAGAUUUCACAGCCGUGGAAGAUCCAAGAACCCACAAAUGGCAGAUAUAUUGUGAUAUGGAUAACGAUGGACUGAGCAGGUUUGUGCCAAUCGGGCGGCAAAAGAUACAUGUGGGCUUGAUGAGGACAUUGAUUCCUGGUGCCAGUGUGCCCGGAGCAUGA